GGUUACCUUCCUUACCUGCUUAGUAGCUUGCUGCUGGUCCUCCGAUCCUCUACCAGCAGCAGCAGCAUCGCCGACAGCUCCCUCCCAACCUUUCCUAUCCUACAUACUCCUCCAUCUUUCAGUCUCCAUCAGCAUCCUGCUCCUUCAUAUUCUCCGAGCUGAUCGAUCGGCGGCAGAUUGCGUCGCUAGGGCCGGCGCCGAUGGAGUACAUGGUCGCCCGGGUGUCGCAGCACGCUGCUGCUUACAACGCUCAACCUCAAGAGUCUGUCGCCGUCGCCGUCGCCGACCACCGCCCUCCGCCUGUGUCGCAGCGGACUCGGGGCAGCGCCAUGACGCAGCACCGCCGGCGGCAGGCUCUGGAGCAGGAGGUCGCCGACCUGCAGAAGCAGCUCUCCGACGAGCAGACGGUGCACCAGAUCCUGGAGCGUGCUCUGCAGCCCAGCUCGGCGCGGUCCGCCGUCCUGAGCAUCCCGGCCUUCAUCCCCGCCAAGGCCAAGGAGCUGCUCGCCGAGCUGCUGCUGGUGGAGGAAGAGAUCGCCAGGCUCGAGGACCAGAUCAAGACCAUGAAGCAGGGAGGCAGAGGCGGCAUGACCAUGCCACCACCGGAACCGGACGCGCCGCCGCCGACAACCAACAGCAAAUCCCCUCGUCCCUCCGCCGCCGGCAACAACAACCACCUCAACAAGUCCAUGUUCUUCAUCAGCCAGGCCAUGGCGGCCAUGGACAAGCAUGUGGCCACCCCAAUGGGCAGCAGCCCCAAGCAGAACAGCAUCAACUUCGCCCUGCCGCCGCCGCCAACCAGAAGCAGGCAUUCGCUUGACAAGCAGCAGCAGCCAGCAAAGACGACGAUCCUCCACGAGCUGCCCAUAAGCAGCAAGCAGAGCGUCAAUCCCAACAAGCUGUCCGAGAGGAUCGUCAAGUGCCUCAUCUGCAUCUUCAUCAGGCUGCUCAGGUCAUCACGGGUAGCCGACAUGGACAAGUCCGGCAACCUCGCCACCAGCUUCAGCUUCAGGAUCGACACCGGCCUCAACGUCGCCGCCGCCGCCGCCGCCAAGGACAAGGACAAGGACAGGGGGCAGCAGGACCACUACGGCAUCUUUGCCAUCCAGGACGCCAUUGUCAGGGACAUUGGCCCUUACAAGAAUCUCGUCAGGUUCACCUCCAGCUCCUCCUUGGACCUCAGAGGAUUCUCCAGCUCCCCCCUGCUCACCAAGCUCAGGGGGAUGCUAGAGGCGCUGCAGCAGGUGGAUCUACGGUUCCUCAACCACCAGCAGAAGCUGGCAUUCUGGCUCAACGCCUACAACACCUGCAUCAUGCAUGGCAUCCUGCAGCAUGGCUUGCCCUCAAACUCGGAAAAGUUGCUUGCACUCAAGAACAAGGCCACGAUCAACGUGUCAGGCCAGAAGUUCAACGCCCUGGUGAUCGAGAAUUUCAUCUUGAGGCAGCCGUCAAGUGUGAAAGAAGAAUUCUGGAAAUGCGAUGUGGACGUGGAAGAGCAGCAGGUGAGGGAGCUCUAUGGACUCAAGAGCUCAGAGCCUAACAUUCUGUUUGCACUGUGCUGCGGCAUCAGAUCAUCUCCAGCACUCCGGAUCUACAAAGCCGAUCGCGUCGCCAUGGAUCUCGAGAAGGCGAAGCUGGAGUACCUGCAGGCAUCGCUGGUGGUGACGUCGACGAGGCGGCUGCUGAUCCCGAGCCUGAUACACUCUAGCAUGCAUGACUUUGCAAAGGACAUGGAGUCGCUGCUCCGGUGGAUCUGCGAGCAGCUGCCGACGUCGUGGUCGCUGAGGAAAUCCAUGGUGGAGUGCCUGAGCCUGAGGGGGCACACCCACCAUCUCAUCAACAUGGAGGAGGUGGUGGAUGUCAUUCCAUUCGACUACGAAUUUCAGUACCUGCUGCCCAUGUGAUGCGACAACAAGUAUACACACAUUUCAAUUUUAAUUUUUCUUGUUGUUGUUCUUGUGUGUGUUUUCCUUUAAUUCUCGCCUUAUUUGUUGCGCCGCGGAAGCGCGAUAGAUGUGUACUGACUAGUGGAGUAUAAGUUAAGUGAUGGAUGAUUGGUAAGGAAUGAAUGAAUGAAUGAUUAAAAGGUUAAAAGGAUGAUGAUUAUUUGUGUA